GUGUGUAUUGACGACCGACGACGCCGACCGGCUGCCACGAGAUCGGUUGCUGCUGGUUGGCUUGAAGCUGCUGCUGCUGCGGUUGCCCAUGCUGGCCUUGUCUCGGUGGCGAACGGCUCAGACCGCUUUUCGCUUUGCUGUUGCUGCCGCUCUGUGCACCGCCCCUGCGACUCGCGCCGUGGCUCAAGGCUCUUGCUCGGCCUCGGGUAUUUGCAGUGAACCCAUUACCAGAAACAUGGCUUUCGUUUCUCGUGCCGUCGACAAGAAGGUGCUCUCGCGCGAACAGGGCGAGGGUGCCGGUGCCCGCGUGCGCCGCUCCAUCGGAAACGCUGCCUUGCGCAACUUUGACCCUUUCCUGAUGCUGGACGAGUUUAGGGUGCCUCUGACCGCGGGCUUUCCCGACCACCCCCAUCGCGGCUUCGAAACUGUGACUUUUAUGCUCGAUGGCCUGUUUGAGCAUGAGGACUUUGCUGGCCAUGCCGGCACCAUUGGUCCUGGUGAUCUGCAAUGGAUGACGGCUGGCAAGGGCAUUGUCCAUGCUGAGAUGCCCCACCCCGAGUCAGAUGCGGAGCCCCAUGGCCUUCAGCUCUGGAUCAACCUGGGUUCCAAGGACAAGAUGGUUCCUCCCAAGUACCAGGAGCUGAAGAACGAGGAUAUCCCCAAGGUGGAGAAGGACGGCGUCUGGGUUGCCGUCAUCGCCGGCGAAGCGCUUGGUACCAAGUCUCCCGUGUACACCGUCACGCCUAGCUGCUAUCUGCACUUCAAGAUCCAACCGCAGAGCCGCAUUGAGCAGGCGAUUCCACCAGAGUUCAACGCCUUUGUGUACACGCUCAAGGGCAAGCUUAAAAUUGGCGACAAGGGCACCGAGAUUGAUGCUCAUCACACGGCGACCCUGACUCGUGAUGCCUCUGCCAAUGGCGUUGUCCUCGCUAACGAGGGCGAGGAAGUGGCCGAGUUUGUCCUCAUCGGUGGCGAGCCACACAAUGAGCCCAUUGAACAAUACGGGCCCUUUGUGAUGAACACGCGGGAGGAGAUUAUGAAGGCCUUUACUGAUUACCAGAGUGGUCGCAAUGGCUUUGAGCGGGCCCCCACGUUCCAGAGCAAGAUUGGUCGUCGCAUGUAUUAAAAACAUUGUGGGAACGAGCCUCCUUCGGCCACUUUCUUAAAGGUGUUUAUGUUUGGGUCCAAGGGUGGGGGGUUUAGUGUCAUCCCUCAAUGUGUUAAUUGUAAUGCAACCCCUUUG